GACUCUUAAAACUUCACUCCCAUAGGAGUCAUACAAAUAUUAUGAGCGUUGUAAGGAGGGCACAUAUCUGUAACCUCCGAAGCAUAGUUCUUCUGCGUCAUGCCCGAGCCCGCCAAGUCCGCGCCGGCCCCGAAGAAGGGCUCCAAGAAGGCGGUGACCAAGGCGCAGAAGAAGGACGGCAAGAAGCGCAAGCGCAGCCGCAAGGAGAGCUACUCGGUGUACGUGUACAAGGUGCUGAAGCAGGUGCACCCCGACACGGGCAUCUCGUCCAAGGCCAUGGGCAUCAUGAACUCGUUCGUCAACGACAUCUUCGAGCGCAUCGCGGGCGAGGCGUCGCGCCUGGCGCAUUACAACAAGCGCUCGACCAUCACGUCCAGGGAGAUCCAGACGGCCGUGCGCCCGCUGUUUCCCUUGGGAGCUGGACCUCCAAAUAAGCCUGACAAAAUGUCUUCAUAUAUGUCCCCUAAGACACUUAAGAGCCAGCCAGCUUUUCAGCGUAAGUUGUAAUGGCUUUAAGAGUUAAUGUAACAGCUGAAGGUGUUUUGCUUUGCUUUGCUGAAAAUGUUAGGCUUGCGGUUGUGUGGUACUAGCAGUUCAAAAUACAUACUUCUUCACUGGUUGUAAGAGAAAGGUAGGAAUAUAGUUAAUGGCAGGAUGGAUUUCUCUUGUCUCUACUUCCCAUUUUGACUACACGCCUGGCUCAGGUGGUACAGAGAUGUUUCACUGAAACUCCUUCCAUGUAGUGUCCUUUACACAUUGGUUCUAUGAAAAGCCAAGAGGGCUUAAGAAAUUUGCAGUGCUAUUUUUGUUACUGGUAUGUUAGGUUAAAAAGAAACUCGUUUAUUUCCAGAUUCCUGGACUUAUGCUUAAGGCAAUACAAUUUGCAAAUACUAAUGGGAUCAAGGCAAUGCAUGAAAAUUGAAAAACAAAUAUCGCUGACUACAAGAUGGGCUUAUUUAAUUGUAAUGAGAAUUUUCCCAAGACUUGUUUAAUGAUUAGGGAGACCAUUGGCAAAAUCCCACAUUGCAGUAAUGAUGCUGGCAGUGUGGGAAAGAAAUACCUUUUAGAGAUAUUUUGGUGCCUCUCCCUUAAAAUUAUUUUCCUCCAGAGUGGAUUUUAAAUCAGCUUCUUUCUAUCUUGGUCAACAAAAAUUCUUUUUAAACUAAAAAAAAAACAAAAACAAAACAACAACAACAAAAAAACAUGUUAUUCUGGUAACCUACCACUGCCCUGGCAUAUGCAGACAUAUAUAACAGUAAGGGAAACUUAAACUUUUUUCCUUGUAAUUAGAAACCUACUUAAAGUUAUAAACUGCCAUGAAUGGUAUCCCACUUGAAUUAAAUGCUAAGAAUGUACAUAUAAGAAAUUUGUACAGAUUCAACCCAAAUAGGAAAACUACUCUAUUCUUGUAUAAUUUCCUUCAUGAAUAACAAACUCUCUACUCCCUACACGACACAAAUGUGCACGCGCACACACACACGCACACACACAAAUGACACAAAUGACACACACAAAGAAUAUAUGCAUCUUAAAACAAAACAAAAGCAACAAGGAGAGAAAUGUAAAAGAAUGAAAAACAAUCUAAUUGGUUUUCAAAUACCAGAUUGCUGUAUAUUAGAGCUUUUAUUGUUAUAGUCAAUUUUUGCUUUAUGUAGUCCCAGAAGUAAAUAAAUAUCUGAACAAGGUAUAUAUGACCUUUCCCGGAGUCCAUAAACACCCUGAAAGUACCUAUGGUAGUUUGUCCAUAUGUCUUCCCCCUCAUAGAGCAGAAAGUAUAUCGUUUUCUAUCAAAUUCUAAAAACACUAUGACCCAUUGUGCUGGGCAGAAAACUGCCAUCCCGAUUAUAUCUAACUCCUAAUUUAUAAGGGUCUGAAUAUGUUAGGUUCCAUAACAGAGGGCAAUAAACGUUGCAGAUGGCACUAAGAUUGCCGAUUACCUGAUUUUUUAAAGGGAGAUUAUCCUGAAUUAUCCACGUGAGCCCUAUGUAAUCACAUGGAUACUUAAAAUUGGAAGAGGUCAACUGAAUACAGAACCAGAGAUGUAACAGCCCGAGGAUUUGGCCAGAGGUCACUGGCAUUGAAAAUUGAGAAAGAAAGAAAAAAAAAAAAAAAAAGAAAAUUGAGAAAGGCAGCCCUGUGCCAAGGAAAGAUGAUAGCCUCUAGGAGCUGGAAAAGGCAAGCGAACAAAUUUUCUUUGAAAGACCCCCGAAAAGGCCAAAUUCCUGACCCCUUGAUUUUAGCUCAGUGAAAUCCAUACCCAAAUGCUGAUCUACAGAACUAUGAAAUUAUAAAUUUGUACUGAUUUAAGCCACUAAAUCUGUGAUAAUCUGUCAGACCAACAAUAAGAAAUUAAUGCACCCACAUAAUUUAGGAAUUAGUGAUUCUGUAUUCAGUGACAUUAAGAUUACAACUACAUGUAUGUGUAAAUAUAAAUGUAUAAAUAGAAUUAUUAUACAUGUAAAUUCUUCCUAAAUAGUGUAGGCUCCCAUGAUGUUGAAGUAUCUAUAAUUUCGAGAACAGCAUUUUAUAUUUCCUUUUUUUCCUGGUGUUUAAAAUGUCUGGAUUUAAAAGCAGCAACUCUUAUUUCAUGGAGUAACAUUUGCCCCACUCAUUGUAGUAUUAUUACUUCUAAUUAUAAUUCUACUUCAAAAUGCCUCCAUUUAUUAUAUAUAAAGUAUGGGAGAAAUGGAAAAUUAUACUCACAAUGUUCAUUAAAAAAUGUGUCAAAUGUAA